UUAACCAAAUCAUUUCCCGGGUAUUUUUUUCCAUUGUUGACUAAAUCCCAAGAAGAAGAACAAAGAAAUUUAUUACUCUUUUCAGAGAUAAGUUUUUCCAUUUCUUCUUAGAUAUAAAAGGGUCUCUUUCUCUCAAGGUAGAAACAAAAAAUACAUCUCAUUGUUUUUUGUGGUUUCCCUUUGUUCUUCAAUCUUUUCUUAAUUAAAUCUUGUAACCCUUUCUUUCUCUGAAUCUAUACAACUCAUAAAGUUCCAAUCUUGUAUUCUAUUGAUUCUUCUGUGUAAUUAUUUCUUGUCUAUAUUUGUAUUCAAAAUCUUGUGUAAUUUUUUUUGUUCUUUAUUUCUAGAUUUGUUUUGAUUGAUUGAUUAUAUUGAAUGUUAAGAGAUUUGUGAUAAUUUGUGAUUGAAAAAGUAGAAAAUGCUGAGCUUGAAGAAGCUUAGAAGAAGAAGGAGAAGAACAGUAUUGAUUGACUAAUUGAAUUUUUUGGAUUAUUUCCCUUAAAGGGAUCUUAAAAAAAAUUCAUUCAUUCAUAAUCAUGGCAAAAAUUGAAUAUGAGCUUAAGAAAGCUGGUUCUCAAGAACUAGACCAAAUGGAUCCAAACAAGUCUUUUUUGCAGAAAUUCAGACUUUAUGAGACUCAAUCGAAGUUUUAUUUGAUUGGUAGAAACAAGAGUAGGACGGUAUGGAGAGUAUUGAAGAUCGACCGAUCAGAGCUUACCGAGCUAGACAUUCUUGAAGAUUCUACCGUUUAUUCAGAAGCUGAAUGUUAUGAUUUGUUGAAGCGGUUACAUGAAGGGAAUAUAUUGACCGGUGGGCUUAAAUUCGUCACUACUUGUUACGGAAUCAUUGGAUUCGUUAAAUUCUUGGGGCCAUAUUACAUGCUGCUUAUCACGAAAAGAAGGCAGAUUGGUUGUAUUGGUGGCCAUGCAAUAUAUGCAAUCAGCAAGAGCGAGAUGAUUCCUAUUCCACAUCCUACUUUGCGGACUAAUAUGGCUUUUUCUAAGAACGAAAACAGAUACAAGAAGCUUCUAUGCACAAUAGACCUUACAAAGGACUUCUUUUUCAGCUACUCAUACCAUGUUAUGCGUAGUCUUCAAAAGAACAUGAGUGAUGCUCAGACCGGGCAAAUUCUCUAUGAAACAAGGUUUGUUUGGAAUGCGUUCUUGACGCGUGGAAUCCGGAGUAAUCUGAAGAAUACUCUCUGGACUGUGGCCUUAGUACAUGGCUUCUUUAAACAGGAAAAACUUUCAGUUUCUGGAAGGGAUUUCAACCUGACCCUUAUUGCUAGGCGCUCACGUCUGUAUGCUGGCACAAGGUACCGUAAACGUGGUGUGAAUGAGAGAGGACGAGUAGCUAAUGAUGUUGAGACUGAGCAGAUUGUGUUUGAAGAUCUUCCUGAAGGAGGUCCAGUAGAAAUAUGUUCUGUCGUACAGCACCGAGGCUCUAUACCUCUCUUCUGGUCGCAGGAAACAUCACGCCUAAAUAUUAAACCGGAUAUUGUUUUGUCGGGAAAGGACCAAAACUAUAGAGCAACCAGGAUUCAUUUUGAUGAUCUUAGGGAGAGAUACGGGAAUCCAAUAAUUGUUUUAAAUUUGAUUAAGACACGUGAGAAGAAACGUCGAGAAUCCAAACUGCGAAGCGAGUUUGCUUACGCGAUUGAAGUUAUUAACAAAGAUUUAUCUGCAGAGAAUCGUCUGAGGUUCCUUCACUUGGAUCUCAACAGACAUUUUAAAAGCAAAGGUAAAAAUGUGCUGGAAAUACUUGGGAGAUUUGCUGAAUAUUCCCUGGGCUUGACAGGCUUCUUCCAUUCACAAUUAACACCCGACCUGGUGCCUGAAGGGCGAUCUAUCUUCGAGAAUAAUGAUACCAGUGUCUUGCCUCCUGGGAAUCAUCUGGUAAAUGAAUUAAAGAAUGUGGAUAACUCAGAAAUGGGCACGGGUGAGGUUGACAAUGAUUGUGAAGCUAACGAGAAUCUCUUGAUCAAACAACCAAAGCUACAAAAUGGAGUCCUCAGGACCAAUUGCAUUGAUUGCCUGGAUCGGACAAACGUUGCACAAUAUUCGUAUGGCUUGGCUGCUCUUGGGCAUCAACUUCAUGCCUUGGGUUUGAUUGAUAGUCCAAAGAUCACCCAGGAUAAUCCUUUGGCUCUUCAAUUCAUGGGGCUAUAUGAGAUAAUGGGUGACACAAUUGCUUUCCAGUACGGUGGAUCUGCUGCUCAUAACAAGAUAUUCUCUUUGAUAAGGGGCCACUGGAUGGCGGCCAUUGGUACCCAAGAAUUCUUCAGGUCAGUUCAACGUUACUACAACAAUGCUUACAUGGAUGCUGAGAAACAAGAUGCGAUAAAUAUAUUUUUGGGGUACUUCCAACCACAACAGGGUAAUCCUGCACUCUGGGAGCUAGAUUCAGACCAGCAUUUCAAUGUCGGGAGGCGCGAUGUUAUUUUUGCAGAUGAAAAUGCUAGGCUAUCUUUUAAAAGAUCCUUAUCAGAUGGUAACAUUGUUAUUCCAAGUGAUGAUCCAAUGCCGGCUACAAAUGUUGGGCAAAGAAAUCAGGGAGAGUGCAGUCAUCUUCUUGAUGAUUCUACACCUGAAAUCUGUGACAGUGACAUUUCACUUUCCAGGUUCACCUCAAUGGCUAGCAAGCAAGUUUUCACCGACAUGCAAAGCACUCGGAUUCAUUUCCACGAGGACUCACAUAAUUGCUCAAACUUUGUUGAUGUCGAUUGGCUUUCUUCCGCUGGAAAUUCGUGUGCAGGAGACCUACAUGAGAGGUCCGAAGAGAAUGUUAUGGAGGGAAUAAAAGAUAAAACUACGUCCUUUACGAGUGAAAAUGACUCCACUGAUAAGAGUUCCAAUGCUCUUGGGGUUGGAAAAUUUUCAGACAGAUUUGUGCACUGGGUAAACUACGCAGAGGCAGUAUGGCACACACGAGUAGAGCCUCAUAAAUUAGCAGAAGUGAUAUGACAUAUCUUCAACACCCCACUGAUCUAAUCGGUGCCAUUUCCAGAAGCAAAAGAAGACCCUGUAGAGAAAAAUAAGUGAUAUAGCAAGGAAAAAGCGAAAAUCUGGAACUGGCAUUCUUUGUAAAGUAUCUCUUUCUUUAUCUCCCAAAAAAUGUUUCGAUCCAAAACUUUGGUCGGAACCACAAAUACAUCAAGAAAAAAAGAAAAGAAGAGCAAGGUAGAUAAUACAGGCACAUUUGUUUUCGUUCUUUUUGCCGCCCCACCCCUACUUCUUCCCUGUUAGAUUUUUGAUGUACUUAGGAGUUCACAGUUCUUGUAAAUACCUGCACAUUCUUAUUGACUAGAGGCUACACUUAUACAGUAGAAGAUUCUUGUUUCGGUUACAUACAUGUUGUUUGGUUGUACUGAGAAAAAUGAAUAAAAUUCCUGCAAGGGAUAUCACCAAUUUGACAAA